AUGACAACAAAAUUUUUAGUACAUUUCAGAACGCGAAAUGUCAGUGAAAAAGUGAAGCAGAAAGAAAUUUUCCCUAAAAAAAGGAUUUUUUUUAGUAAUAAUGGCGGAUGAAUUGCGUAUGAAUCUGGCAGCUGUGAAAAGAGCUGAUCCGUACGCUAAAGAUAUAGUUGAGACAUCGGCCCACGUAGCAUUCUAUACGUUUAAUUACGAAGAGAACGAGUGGGAAAAGACAGACGUGGAGGGUGCUUUUUUCGUGUAUAGAAGGAAUGCGGAACCCUUUCACAGUAUUUUUAUCAACAAUAGGUUAAAUACCAAUUCCCUUGUUGAACCAAUUACUGCCGACUUGGAAAUCCAGUCACAGCCUCCCUUUCUCCUGUAUCGCAACGAACGCUCGCGCAUCCGGGGCUUCUGGUUCUACAAUAAGAACGAAUUGGAGCGUGUGGCAGAUCUUAUUAGUGGAUACGUCAAGGAGUGCCAAAAGAAGCAAAAGGCCAUGGAGGCGUCGGCAAAUGCCGGCACAGACACACGGCAGAAGGCCGUUAACAUCUUUUCCAUGCUGAGCAAAGCCCAGGAGGACUUCAACAAAGCCAAUCAGAAUCCCAAACGUCCCGAGGACGCUACUCAGCCACAGGUUAAUGCGACGCCGCAGAGUGUGAUGAAUUUCUUUGCUGCUGCAGCAAAGCCCAUUGCCAAGGAGCCUCCCCUGCUGCAGCGCCUCAUGUCCAAUCCUGCCCAUUCGGUGGAGCACAUUGAGAAGCAACAGCGAGCUGUGACGCCUCAGGAUACCGCAACCGGCAGGCAAACAUCACCCACGAACCACGAGAACGGACUCACCAGUGUUCUUCUCCGGAGAGGUACCAACAAUGAAGGUGCCAGUUCACCGGUGGCUCCUGCGGAGACAGGGAAAGCGUCACAAUCGUGGGCAUCGGUGCUGCAGUCUGCAAAUCAACGGACUGGAGCUGCAGUGGGUGACACGGACACAGACAAUGAUCUCUAUCAGUUGCUGAAGCGCGCUGAUAUUUCCAAUAAUUCGUCAUCGUCAUCGGCAGGAGGUAAGCCCGCCUUGAUGCCACCCACAAUGUUCCGGAAAGCCGGUGCUACGUCUCCUGUAGCGCCGGCUGCUGACGUCAAACCCGAACCCUUGACCCAGAAUCAAUUGCUGCAAGCCAUGACGUAUCUCAUCAAAAAUGAUCCGGAGUUUGUGAAGAAGCUUCAUGAAGCGUAUCUAAAGUCAUUCUCCGAGAUGGUAUCCCUAUAACAUCCAGCGAAUACGAAGAAGGAGCGCAAGAGCCACAAGAAGAAGAAGUAGAGAGACAUCCACUGUGUGGUUGGAUCAACGAAAAUUGCCGCUGCCCCCUCUUCGAUAAAUAAAAACGUUAAAUUCUGUUUUUUUUUGCAUCAUCAUUUUCCUUAUAAUUUUUCCAUCAGCCGGCUUUUGAAGAAGAUUUUAUGUGCCGUUUCUUGCACUUUUAAAGUGUUCAAAAAUUCCAUUUCAUAAAAUAGAAAAAGAAUAUACCUUUUUGGGGAUCCAUUAAGAAAGAAAAGAAAAAAAAUCAAUUAGGUUUUUCCAAUUUGAAAAGAGAAAAAAAUCUGUUGAGAUUAAUCUUUUUGUGCAUAAUUUGUGCGUAGGAAGAGAAAGAAAAGAGAGAAUUUUAUGCUAUGAAAUCACAAUACUUAUAAGGGACAUAAGAAAAAGGAGGAGGAGAAAUAGAAGAAAUAAUUUUGAGCUGCACGCCUGUAAUUGUAAUUAAAGAAAUGUGUGAGGAGAAAAUAAAAUAAAUAAUCCAUUCAUGAUCAAGAUUUUGAUGAAUGAGCAGUGAGAAAUUGUGGGAGAAAAAAAAGUUUGAAUUAUUUUGGAGACAGUGAAGAUUUAGGAAUUUUCUUGUGUAAAUAUUGUCACUGCAUUUCCUAGUGAAUGGUACUGCGAGAAAUUCUUUUUUUUUCGAAAUGUAAUGUGUAAGAAAAGAUUAAAAUAAAAAAAAGAAGUCAUUGAAAUUAAAGCAAAA